CGACGAUUUUCUCUGGGGCCGACAGCGCCUUCUAGUGGAACAGAAAUGGUGGGUUCCUCGCUUCUUCCCCUGUAGAUCUUGUCGUUCUUCCCUGCGGCUGGUUCUUCUGCUGUCCGUCGUCAUACGACCUGCCUCCCCAGGGGACCCUCUUCUUCCGCGGGAACGCCCGUCGUCGCCACCGUGUCUCUUCGUCGGGGUGAAGGCCUGGACCGUUCAGCGUCCUCGCCCCACGGCAAAUCUGCGAAUCUCUUGACAAAUCGCUGUGGCAUAAACUCGUUUUCCACCAUUCCUUCUCUUCUGUCCUGCGUCCCCGCGUCCGCCAUAAAGCCUCUCCCCUCUUCCCUCUGGGUGUCCGCCGCGGAUUGUAUGCUUUCUUCACCCUGACGCUUCCUUGUCUUGGGUUCUCGGUGCUCUGCAUGUUCCUCAGUGUCUCGCUUUCACCUGAAUGGCCUCAUGCAAGUCUGCGGGCGAAGCUGUUCGUGACCGUUUUCACCUCCCGUCGAUCCCCUCCGGCGAACGGCUGCGCCGCGCUCUCCUGGCUCUGUCCCAGCCUGUCUCCCAGUUUGUUUCCUCGGCUGCUUCUCCGAGUCUCCCCUCCCCAACUCCGAAGCGCUUCUCUUCACUUGCCUCUCUCAGAGCGCCUCUGCCUCUCCCGGCCGUUCUCUCCCGAUCUCCUCCAUCUGCAUCCUCUUCUGCCGCGCCUCUUCCGGUGCUUUUUCGCGGACUUUCUUCCAAAAUGGCAGCAGCUCCAGCAGCGCCUCAGUCGCGUGGUCGCCGCGACAAGCUUCUUAGCAUCGAGGAGGCGAUUCAGGCUCGGUGGGCCCGCGAAAAUCCUUACGAGGUCGACGCGCCCUUGGAUGCGGCAAAUGCCGAGAAGAAAAAGUAUUUCUGCAGCUUCCCCUAUCCGUACAUGAAUGGAAAGCUGCAUCUGGGCCAUGGCUUCACCUUGUGCAGGGCCGAGUUUCAGGCGCGUUUCCAGCGCAUGCAAGGCAAAAACAUUCUCUGGCCCCUCGGCCUCCACUGCACAGGCAUGCCGAUUCUCGCCUGUGCCGACAAGCUGAAGCGAGAAAUCGCCAUGCGAAAAGCCGAACAAGAUUGCGGCGAAAACGGCGAAAAGCGGGAACAUGUGGAGAGUGCAGAGAAUAACAGCGCGGAGCAGCAGAACGGCGAGGAAGACGCAAAGAAGAAAAAGUCCAAGGUGGCCGCGAAGACCGGCAACGCUAAGACGCAGUGGGAAAUCAUGCUCGGCAUGGGCAUCCCCGAGGCAGAGAUCGCCGCCUUCGCCGACGCGCAGCACUGGCUGCGCUACUUUCCGCCGCUUGCGAAGCGCGACGUAACUCGAAUGGGCUUCGGAAUCGACUGGCGAAGGUCGUUCGUGACGACGGAUGUGAACCCGUUCUACGACGCCUUCAUUCGGUGGCAAUUCAAUACUCUCAUGAAGCGCGGAAAGCUCAAGUUCGGCAUGCGAGCGACGAUCCUCAGUCGGCGAGAGAAGCAAGCCUGCGCAGACCACGACCGAGCGAGUGGUGAAGGUGUCGGGCCGCAAGAGUACACAGUCGUCAAACUUUUUCUUCAAGGAGAGAAAAUGCGAGAGGCGCCAGUUCCGCAGCACCAGCCACUUGUCCAGCUGCUCGAAGCGGUGAAGGCGUACGGCGCCAAGAAGGUCUCCCUCGUCGCCGCGACUCUCAGACCCGAAACGAUGUACGGCCAGACCAACUGCUACGUUCUUCCCGAGGGAAAAUACGGCUUGUAUUUGGCGUUCACGAAUCCAAAGAAGAGCCUGGACAAGGCGGAAGAAGGCGACGGCGGGGCGCAAGCGGCCGAGUCCGAGGAAGAGUUCGAGACGCUGAUGACUCGCGAAGAAGCUCUAAGUACAUGCACAGAAGUCUUUAUCUGCAGCGAGCGAUCUGCUCUCAACAUGGCCUACCAGGGCUGGCUGCCUAUGCAGGCCGCCGAAGACCCUGACGCCUUGCCGGUGCCACACUGCCUCGGAACGGUUGACGGCAUGAACCUCAUUGGUCUCCCACUCACUGCCCCUAACGCGACGUACCCAACGAUCUACGCUCUCCCCAUGCUAACAAUUUCCAUGAACAAGGGGACGGGUGUGGUGAUGUCUGUUCCGAGCGACGCGCCGGACGACUACAUGGCGUUGCAGGACAUUAAGAACAAGCCGGAUUUCUUCAAGGACCGCUACGGGGUGUUGCCCGAGUGGGUGGGGCCGUUCGAGCCUGUGGCAAUCAUCGACAUUCCAGACUUGGGGGCGCUGCCGGCCGUGACGCUGUGCAAAGAGAAGAAAGUCGCGAGUCAGAAAGAUACGCAGAAGCUGCAAGAGAUCAAAGAGGAGGUCUACAAGAAAGGCUUCUACGACGGCGUGCUCCUUGUCGGCCCGUGCGCAGGCCAGAAGGUUGCUGACGCCAAGACCGUCAUCCGAGACCAACUGAUCGAACGCAAGGAAGCGCUCCGGUACUUCGAACCGGAGAAGCCUGUGGUGGCCAGGAGUGGCGACGAGUGCGUCGUCGCCUUCAUGCAUCAGUGGUACCUCGACUAUGGCGAAGAAAAGUGGAGAGAGACCGUCGAGGCGUACAUCAACUCCGAGCAAUUCCAAACGUUCUCGCCCCAGGUGCUACACCAGUUCAAACACGUCGUCGGCUGGCUGCGCGAGUGGGCCUGCAGCCGCAGUUACGGCCUUGGCACUUACCUUCCGUGGACGAAGGAUUCCUCGCGCCCGGUGCUCAUUGAGUCGCUUUCAGACUCGACGAUUUACAUGGCCUAUUACGCCAUUGCACACCUUCUGCAGGGAAAUGACAUGUAUGGCCAGGCGAAAGGCCCCCUGGGCAUCGCUGUGGAGCAGCUGACCGACGAAGUCUUUGACUACGUCUUCGCACAAACCGACGACCUGCCGAAGGGAUCGACCAUCCCGGCGGAGCACCUGAAGCGCAUGCGCAACGAAUUCGAGUACUGGUACCCUCUGGACCUGCGCGUGAGUGGGAAGGACCUCAUCUUCAACCACCUCACGUUUUCGCUGUACAGCCACGCGGCGAUAUGGCCUCACCGCCCGGAUCUCUGGCCCAGGGCCUUUGUGUGCAACGGCCACAUCAUGGUCGAUGCACAAAAGAUGAGCAAGAGCUUGGGGAAUUUCAUUUCCAUUGAAGACGGCAUCAAAGAAUUCACUGCCGAUGCCAUGCGGGUCGCCCUCGCCGACGCAGGUGACACCACGGACGACGCGAACUUCCAGCGCGAGACAGCGAACGGAACCAUCAUGCGUCUGUACCUUCUGGAGCAAUUUGCCAACGAGGCUGUGAGCGGCGCUUUGCCGCUUCGCACAGGUCGCUACUCCGACGCGGACCGCCUGUUUUUGAACGAGAUCGUGACGUGCACGCAGGAAGCAAAAGAAGCGUACGAAGGCUUCCAGUACAGAGAGGCACUGAAGAAAGGCCUGUACGAGAUGCACACACGCAGAGACCAAUAUCGUCUUCUCUGUGGCGAGGACCACAUGCACAAGGACAUGGUCGUCACUUGGCUGAAGACACAGUGCCAAACUCUCGCUCCGAUUGCGCCUCACAUCUGCGAGCACAUUUGGAGUGAAAUCCUCAAGGAACCUUCUCUCAUCGUCUCUUCCGCCUGGCCGACGUUCCCUGAACAUGCUCAGGAUCCUGUCCUGCACAGACAGUUCCUCUUGCUGCUGGCCUCCGUGGAGGACUUCCGCAGAACGAAGGACAAGGCUGUGCAGAUGCUCUCUGGAGGAAAGAAGAAGGGCCAGCAGCCUCGACCUGCAGAUCAAGCUGCUCCGGCCUUGACUCACGCAGUCGUCUAUGUUGCCAAGGAGUAUCCUCCCCUUCAGCAGCAAGUUCUAACUCUUCUGCAGAAGGCACCAAUCCACAAAGGAGAAGACGGGGCGUGGUGCGCAGGAAAGGAGUACAUGGACAUUGUCAAGAACGACGAGGGAAUCAAUGCGCUCGACAAAAAUGCGAAGAAGGAAGCUAUGGCUUUCGCUUCUUUCCAAAUGAGGGAUGAACUGAAGGCGUACGGUCGGAGUGCCUUGGACCUUCGGCUUCCUUUCGACGAGCUGAAUCUUUUGCAGUCUCACCAGCGCUACCUUCAGGCCUCUCUCGGCCUCACAGAAAUCGUCUUCUUGCCGAGUGACGAGGCCCACCCGAAGGACGACAGUCCGAAUCGAAAGCUGGCAAAGCCGGGAAAGCCUUCCAUCUUUUUCUACGUUGGCUAGAGGGGAGAAACAACAACCUGAAGCCGCUUCGCUGCAAGCGAAGUCGAGGGCUGGGGAAAGCGACGCACAGCGAUGCUGUAGAACAGACGAAGAGAGACCCUAGGCGCCGAGUCAGGCGUGACCGUAUGCAUAUGUGUUUUGUUUCUGUGGCGAAUCACAGCCAGUUCCUUGCGAAGCCAACCUUGUUUCUAAGUGGAGAGUGUGGCGAAACGGGAAACUGCGCCGGUCUCGUUCGUUUCGGGUGUCAGCGAGAGACGUGCUCGAUGUUGCCCCGUGUCUCGCGACACUUUCUCCGCGACAAUUCAGGAGUAUUUUGGCAAAUUGGCGUGACCACACGGCGUGUACAGUGUCUAGCUUUGUACGUGUGGGUGUCUCUGUGUGGACCACUUACGCGUCUGCAUAGCUUUACUAUGUGUAAAUUGUCUGUGUAUGUUUGGUCUGUGUCGUUGGAGUUUGUUUCUGUCGUGGCCCUGAACCGACCAGGUCGGCAACCCUUCCUGCGAUGCCCUUCCGGUGCCGCGGAAAUCUUCUUUCUCAGUGAAGACCGCUUGGGAGAGCAGGGCGUCGCUGGAUUUCGCUAGUCUUGGGGGCGCCAGCGAUAAAUUGGUGUUUUCACAGGUGGUGUAGUUUUUUUAGUGGCCCAAAAGAAGUCUCUCUGUGGAGGUGCAAAACCGGGCUGCACGGAAUCGGCCCGUUACACUGUUGGAGACGAGAUCAUAGCAGAUCGUUUGGCGAAAUGUCAAAACACAGUUCACGCAUCGUUGAAACGCGUGAUUUCAGAAACUCCACCUAUCACAUUCUGAAGCAGGGCAGUAGAGG